UCAGCUCUCCUGCCCAGAGCACCGUCGCCUCCAGCCCAUCCUCUGCCAGCAUCAGCAGCAAAAUGCAGCAGCCGCAUCUUCUCUGCCUCAGUCUCCUGUUGCUGGGACAUAUCCUAGAUGUGCACGGCGGGAACAACGUCCUCGACUGCUGCCUGCGGACAAGUGAGACACCCAUCCCGUGGAGGAUAGUGCAGGAUUACCGGCUCCAGCUGGUGCAGGAUGGCUGCGACAUCCCGGCUGCCGUGUUCAUCACUGCAAAGGGCAAGCGUCUCUGUGCCCCCCUCCAAGCCCCAUGGGUGGUUCGCCUCCAAGAGAAGCUGGAUGCCAGCUUUGCCAGGAAGGCCAAACCCCGGGGCAAGUAGCUCCGAAGAAGCCCUUGGCCAGCCCCAGCACCUGGAGUGGGGCUGGUUCCCAGCUGUGAAUCUGAAGCUAAUGGAGCCGACCUGCUUCCACCUCCAGCCACAGAGCCGACCCUCCUCAGGACUUGUGUCAGUGUACGGGGCUGGGCAGAGGCCUGCCUGCUCUCCCUUCUUCCCUCUGUCUCCGGUGUGACCCAGCAACCUGCGUCAGGCUGAGCCAGGGGCUGCUGGACCAGAAACUCCACUGCCUUUGCAGCCUAGAAGCUGGUUGGUGGACUGUUCUGUGAAAUGAGUUUGGGGCACCUCAGCCUUUCCUUCAGCGCAGCAGCUGUGACCUCCAGCACUAGUCUGAUCCCUUUGGCUUCCAUCAUCAGCCCCAAGCCUGAGUCCUUCUGCAUCCCAGAAUGGGACAGUGUGGAGAUGGAGGGGAAGGAUGGAGAUGUUCCUCACUGGCCAUGCACUGUGCUGCUCCCUUGCUGCGCACAACCUAGAGGCUCUCCGGCAGAGCGUGGCUGAUGCAGUCCCUCUCUCACGCCCUGACUUCCCUGCACUAUUUCCCCUCCUGCCUUUCCUUGCACAGGUAGAAAUAGAGCCAGUAAUGUGGCGGCGGCAGAGCAGGCAGCGAUGUUGCCCUCAGCCCCUGCUCUCCUCAGGGACAUUGCCCUCCUUCUCAGUCCCCUAGCCUGCCACCAUGUUCAAACUCUGCCCGGCGCUCCUGCCUGGGCAGGGAUGCAUCAGCAGUGUUCACACUACUUCCAGGUAUUUGCUGCUAGAUCUGUUCGAUGCAACAAUUACGUGUGUAAGUUGCUUCUUUUCUAUCUUUCUCACUGUGCUGUGAUUUUGUUAAAUAAAAAGAAAAGCCAGC